GUGAAUCAUUUGAAAACGGUGACGCUGCACUGUACGGCGCCGAAAAACUGCUCGAUUGGGACGUCGUUCUGGUCACCUUUAACUACCGAUUAGGUGUGCUCGGCUGGCUGAGCACCGGGGAUGAGGCCGCCCCGGGCAACUGGGGACUGUACGACCAGUUGGCUGUUCUUCGAUGGGUCAACUCGCACAUUGAGUCAUUCAGCGGCAAUCCAAACAGUGUCACUAUCUUUGGCCAGGGCGCAGGCGCAUCUUCAGCCUUUCUGCACCUCAUCUCGCCACUUAGCACUGGCCUCUUUCACCGAGUCAUCGCCCAGAGUGGCUCACCACUGUGCAGCUGGUCAAUGGAAGCUGAUCCAGAGACGGCCGCCCACGAGGUCGCCACGCGGACCGGCUGUCCGACGGCACUGGGCAACGCCGAGCUGGUGAGGUGUUUGCGGAAGGCGCCACUAGGGCGACUUCUGGCCACGCAGCAGCAGGGCAAGAUUUUUGGUGAAUUUCCGCAUCGAAUGGUGCCGGUAAUUGAGGUGGUGGGACCUGUGGCCGGUACUGCCGGCGUCGACCAGCGCCUAGUGCCCUCUGACCCGAAGGUGCUCAUCAGCCAGGGCGCCUACCGACGGGUGCCGCUGAUGAUGGGCUACAAUCGAGAUGAGGCGGCCUUUCUCUAUCCACGUGAGGAUCCACUUUCUUUUGCACUGACAGCUUUCUAA